AAGCUGGUAGACGGGACGGGUAAUAAGAUACUUGAUACUUGAAUAGUUGAAUCUGAUUGUGAUUUGUGAUACUCAUUACUCGGAAAUCAUGGUCCUGGAGUAGUCCUUUUCAGGAUAAGUUAUUGAUUCAUUUGAAUCAUUGAGCAUUAGUAUUCAUCUGUAUUUCAUUUAAUUUUAAAAAUAUUUAAUACGCUCUAAAUUUAAAUAGUUCUUAAACAUGUCGACGAUACUAGAAAGGAUCUCGGCCAUCGAGGCAGAGAUGGCCAGAACUCAAAAAAACAAAGCUACAGCUGGACAUUUAGGUUUGCUAAAAGCUCGUAUUGCUAAACUUCGACGAGAACUCAUCACGCCCAAAGGUGGUGGUGGAGGUACUGGAGAAGGUUUCGAUGUAGCUAAAACUGGAGAUGCUAGAAUUGGUUUUGUAGGUUUUCCUUCUGUUGGUAAAUCAACAUUGUUGAGUAAUCUAGCUGGUGUUUAUUCAGAAGUUGCUGCAUAUGAGUUUACUACUUUGACCACUGUUCCUGGAUGUAUUAAAUACAAAGGAGCUAAAAUUCAGCUUUUAGAUUUACCUGGUAUCAUUGAAGGUGCAAAAGAUGGUAAAGGUCGUGGACGACAAGUAAUUGCAGUAGCUCGCACAUGUUCAUUGAUUUUUAUUGUUUUGGAUGUUCUUAAACCAUUAAAACAUAAAAAAUUAAUUGAACAUGAAUUGGAAGGAUUUGGAUUAAGACUAAAUAAAUCACCACCAAAUAUAGUGUAUCGGCGAAAAGAUAAGGGUGGAAUAAAUUUACAAACUAUGGUACCACAAAGUGAAUUGGAUUUAGAUACUGUAAGAACUAUAUUAUCUGAGUAUAGGAUUCACAAUGCUGACAUUACUCUUAGGUAUGACGCCACAUCUGAUGAUCUUAUUGAUGUUGUUGAAGGAAACCGCAUUUAUUUACCUUGUAUCUAUAUACUUAACAAAAUUGAUCAAAUAAGCAUAGAAGAAUUGGAUAUUAUUUAUAAAAUACCACAUACGGUACCUAUAAGUGCUCACCAUAAAUGGAAUUUUGAUGACCUUUUAGAAAAAAUGUGGGAAUACUUGAAAUUAGUUAGGAUUUACACCAAGCCUAAAGGACAGUUACCGGAUUAUGGAUCUCCAAUUGUUUUGCAUAAUGAAAGGAAAAGUAUUGAAGAUUUUUGUAAUAAACUUCAUCGUACUAUCGCCAAAGAAUUUAAAUAUGCUCUGGUUUGGGGAUCAUCUGUUAAACACGUGCCUCAAAAAGUUGGAAAAGAUCAUGUACUUGAAGAUGAAGAUGUCGUACAAAUUGUGAAAAAAAUAUAAAAUUAAUAUGUCUAAUACAUAUUUUAAAUUUAAAAAUAAUAAAAUACGUUAUUUUUUUGUAA